CAUUUUAUCAGCGGUAAGAAGUGGUCGUGUUUUGGUUUUCCAUAUUUUCAUCAUGUAAAAAUGAUCGAAAACCGCGAAAGUUUAUUCAUGCAAAAACUUUUGAAUUAUGAUAUUUACUACAGUGUAUAAGUGGUAGUUAAUAUAGUGCUUUAUUAGUUAUAAUUUAAGUGUGACAAUGCAUAAAUACUACAUAUCGCUAUUACUGGUGCGCCUUGUACUGCCAGCAUCACUUCUUCUUGGCAUAGCGCUCCGACCCUUCGGACUUUCUCUCAUAUAUCUACUUUUAUAUUUAAUAUCACCGUUUCCGCAAGUUCCUGAUUCUGCGACAUUCCAAGGAUGUCGUGGGAAAUGUCUUCAGCUCAAUUUCAUAGUGUCAAUCCUGCUGUUGCUGGUACACGGAGCCUGGCACAGUAUAUUGGCCGGUUUUCCGCCUUAUGGCUCGCUGCUAGAACAAUACCCCAUCGUACAGACUAUAGGAUAUAACCUUGGACUAGUGUCUUAUGUCGGGAUAGAACCGCUCAUGGCCGUACAUUAUCUGGCACCAGAACUGGUUGUAAUGCUGGCAUCUGUCGCUGUAUAUUUCGUUGUGCGAUCGUUACUUAUGAGUUCCCCCAGCGACGAAAUCUCUAGGAAGGACACGAAGUACCAGCGGUUCCCUUUACUAACUAGCGCAGGAAAGUACAUGGCUCUGUUCCUUUUAAUGUUUUCGGGUAUAAUGCGUCCGAGUGUGACGUCGGGUAUUUACUUCCUGGUGUUUAUGGGGGCGGCGACCGCCUGGGCGUUAGGGAAACCAUUGGAGAAGGGCUUCGCUGUUGUAAGCAGAUGUGUGAUGGCCAUUAUGGGGGUGCACAUAGCGGUGCUGCUGGUGUACCAGUGCACAUGGAUUAUGGAAAUCUACCCUCCAGAUAGGGACAUGGCGAGAUAUUUCGGUCUCACAAAACUGGUAAUUCUAAACGAGACAGAAGCAGGUUUCACAUACGAGGUGACUGAUGACUAUAUGUGGGCAACAUUGGCUAGUCCAUUGGUCAUACUGUUUUCAUACUUCUUCCUUGCCAUAGAGACUCGCGAACUGUUUAAGCCGAAGGCGAGGAAAAAGAACCUUCUGUCUGGGCUAGAGGCGGGCAAGUUGAACGGGUCGUUGGUACGAGUGGUGUCAUUCAACCGCGGCAGUCGACACGCAACAAAAGAAAAAUGGAAAAGUGCUACAAAGAAAGUUCGCCUGUUGCGUGGAGCGAGUCCUAGCAAACGCUGGUCGGCGCGGGCUCUUCACCAGGACUCCACCGGCUCCGUGGUUGUGCCUGAUGAAGAAUCCGUAACGGAAAUAGCGGAACCAACGCUAAUGGACGACAUCGUUGCUGCCGUCGUGGAUUUCUUCCAAGUUCUCAUCAGAUCGUCCUACAUCGCUACAACUAUAACUAUGAUGGCUUGGAGUAUCAUGUUCCAUUCUUGGUUGACAUUUGUGUUUCUGAUGUGGGCUAACAUAGUGUGGCUAUGUCAGGACCAGCGCUCCUUCAUGCUGAAGACGAGUCCCGUACUCGUCCUCUACGCGAUGCUGUUGCUUGUAGCACAGUAUGUUUAUGGGAUGAAUCUAACGGAGAGCGAAUUACCUAGCAAUAUAACGGAAGUGAACCUGCAGCAGAUAGGGUUGGGUCGUUCGUCGGGCGAGCCGUGCGUGCCGUUGUUGAUCAAAUCCUUGUUCACGUGCAUGUUCUGGGUGACGCUGAGACAACGCGUUCAGGAGCUGAGGGCCAAGUCCGACCAAGGAGCGCCGCUGCAGCUCACCUCCUUGGGUUCAGAGGAGCGUCCGUCUCGUUUGCUGAGCAUCCUGGGCGACUGUCUCCGCGCCGCGUGCGCUCGCUACUGGAUCUACGUGGUGGUCAUCAUGCUGUUCGUGAUCGGCAUCACCGGGGAGAGGAUGACCAUCUUCAGGAUCAUCUACAUGUUCCUCUUCCUAGUUUUCAUACUGAUGUUCCAGAUAAGCUGGUACUGGUGGCGACGUCUGAUGUACGUGUUCUGGAUCACAGUCAUCAUUUACUCGAUGAUCAAUCUCAUACUGAUUUAUAUAUAUCAGUUCGACAACUUCUCUAAGACUAUUGAAACAUAUCUUCUCAUCAACGAGCGACUGCAACACGAUUUAGGUCUAGAGCCGUAUCACCCAGCGGAUUUGUUCGUAAAGCUCUUGACGCCGACUCUAUUCCUGAUCAUAACUAUUAUGCAAGUCCACUAUUUCCAUAAAGACUUCAUGGCGCUGUCGGAUCCGAAGACCAGGACGAAUAGUCUCGCUAAGGAACCGGAUUCUGGUAGACCGAGUCAGGGCGGCAUCUCGACACAAAGAGAUGAUGUGCCUCCCCUCCCGCUGGAAGACCGCCCUGCUGGCGAUUCUGGUCCUGCUGAAACUGCUGCUACUUCUGCCAUUCCUCCCACUGGUGCUGCUACUACUGAUGCUGCCGGUCCGUCAGCCGAGCGUCGUCCGAACAGCGACACCGAACCUGAUCACUCUAUAGACACAGCCUCCAUGAACGCUACCACUAAACGUUCUAUAUUCAGGAAGUUAUCCCGCAACCGGUCUUACACCAACCCGUCGGAGUCUGGCGUGGUGGGCGCGGCACGGGCUAUGAUCAGCCGCCGCGUGCUGACGGUGAGGCGGAACAUGUCCCGGGCCGUUGACCUCGUGUUCGCUCUACUCGACCUCCACUUGCUCAAGAUCAUAUUCCUCUCCCUGAUGCUGCUCUGCGUCUUUAAUGUGUCGGCGAUGCAUGUUCCGAUAAUGCUGAUAAUAUCACCGGCGCUGCUGCUGAGCGGAAGGAAACAGCGUUUGUGUGUACUCUUCAUAUCAAUACUCAUCAGCGUGUACUUCAUGGCAAAGAUGGUGUACCAGAUAGAAUACAUUAAACAUUCAUACUUUGAUGUUAACUGUACCAGGAUGAGUGAGAACGACACCUUGAAUGUGACCACAUACAACAACGCCGAGUGGGUGGGCUUCCGGAAGACGACACAGAAGAAACCUUUAGUCAGUUUGCUCCAAGGAUACAUCGGUUUGAUAGCCGUUUUCACCUUCUACUCACUAGUCACAUACAGACAGCGGCACAUUAGAGAUCUAGGCUUGAUGCCGAAUCAUAACGAGAAGAUUAUGUUCCCGGAAGUGACGCGAAAGGAGGCAGAUAAGGACUUACUACACUGUUUAAAGUAUUUCGUAAAUUAUGGCUUUUACAAAUUCGGCGUCGAGAUGACUCUGAUAUGUCUGAUGGGUGUGAUCGGUUCCCGUAUGGACGUGUACGCGGCGGUGUACGCAGGCUGGCUGCUCGUCCUGGCGGCGGCGCGUCGAGCUCGUCUCUGCACUCUAUGGUCCUCGUUCACGGCCACCGUCACAGUACUCGUGCCGCUUCAGUACCUCAUCGCUGUCGGCUUCAUACCGAAUUUCUGCGUCCAGUAUCCAUGGAGCGGGAAUGAUCAGCAAAUGAAGCACGUCAGGACCUGGUUGUUCCUGCCCUACACGGACGAACCUCCUCACGCUGUCAAACUGGUCUUUGAUUACUUCCUAGUAUUGUUCGCUUCUCGUCAGCUGAGAGUGUUCCGACUCGAGAAAAAUCAAGGCGACUCAUACCCCGGGGGCAGCAACAGCGAGGACGUUGGCAAAGAUUGGGAGACUCCCAACUUUGUUAAUCCCGUACCAGACUUCUUGGGUUACGUUGGGUCGUGGCUGGACGUCCUCAAGCGCAUGAUAUUCCUGGGCAUGCUGUGGGUGACCCUCGCCAUCAUGUUCAUGACGGGCACCAACAGGGUCAACCUGUUCUCUAUGGGAUAUUUGAUAGGCUCCUUCAUCUUCCUCUGGCAGGGAACAGACUUCUAUCUACGACCGAAGGAAGCAAUAUUGCAAUGGUGGUCGUGGCUGCUCCGUUACAAUGUGUGUGUGGUGGCGGUCAAGGCCCUACUGCAGAUCCCUGGCUGUAUGUUCGCGGCGGCAAUGCAGGAACACGCCUGCUGGCUCGUACAGCUUUUGGGGAUAGGAUGUGUGGACAAAUUCGCGGGCGGAAACAUAGCCAGAUUCCUCAAGAUGCAAUACGAUAAGGACUCUGCUUGCUCAGUGCCACAAGAAGAUAUAGGUCUAGCGUGGGAUGGCGUGUGUUUUGCCUUCUUGAUUCUUCAAAGAAGAUUGUUCCACAGUUACUAUUUUUAUAGGGUUAUAGAUGAAAGCAAGGCUACCACAGUCCUAGCUUCUAGAGGAGCGGACUUAAUUGAGGAACUGAGACAAAAACAAAUGAAUGUACAGGAAGAACAGGAAGUCAAGAUUUUAGAAAAAAUUAAGGUGAAAAUGGAAAGGAUCAAAGCCAACCAGAAAAAAAUACAAGGAGUAAUGUCUAAGGAACCUGUCCAUCACGACGCCGUUACUUCAAAUGCAAUCGAAUCGAUAGAAGAGGAGGAUGAGGAGGAGGAAGAGGAGGAGACCCAGCCCGGGGAGUCGGAACAGAUACCGCUAGUGAGGGGAGACUCGGAAGAGUCCCGUCGCGGGUACCACACGCCCACACCGGCUACCCCGCGCGGCUUCCACACUCCCAUAAGCGAGCCGUCCGCCCCUCCCUCCCCUGUCCGGCCGACCCUGCCCCCAAUCCUCCCCCUCGGUGCUCCCAGCUCUCAGGGCGGUCCACCCUCCCCGUCCUCGGCUCUGAUGACGGUAUCAUUGGACGCAUACCUAGAACCCAGACGCAUAUCGUUCGAGUCCCCCCCAUCAUCGGACCUGCUCCCCCGAGCUCAGUCUCCCGAGGAGUCCUACCCUGUGUUCUCGCCUCCCCCUAUCCGCCGGCGUCACACAGUGGCCAGCCCCAGCCUUCUGCAGCGGACCUCCAUCAUAUCGCACUCGAGUCGAGCGGAACCACACUCCCACCACACUUCCGUUAGAUCUGGAGACUACUACAUGUUUGACGAGUUCGAUGACACUGAUAUUCACUUGAAGGACGACGAUUCAAGCUCUGAUGAAGAUGCACCCAAAGAAAUGGGUUUCGGCAAGUUGGUGUCGACGGUCAUCAAGACGGACGUGCGGCGCGCGGUGUCGCUCCGUCGCGCUUCCAUGCCGGCGGUGCGGUCGAGGCGACCCUCGCGCCCGUCCUCCGCUACUUAUCCCUUCUCUUUCCCGCAACAGAGGACUCCCCCGUCGCCUCGCGCUCAGAGUGUUCGCGAGACCGACGUGGACAUACGUUUCGACUCAGACCGGGACAGGCCCGCGGUCGCCCCGGAUAUCGACGACUACGCCCCUCCACCCGAAACUUGGGUCGACAAAUUGAAAGGCUUCCUGGAGACGGCGGGCGCGUUCAUGAGGAGCAUUCUGGUCUCACUGACAAGACACCUCAUGAAGUAUUCAAGGGACUACAGAUACGUGUCAAGAACUCUGUCCGUCGAGAAGAAACGACUUAAGGAAAAAGAAGGUUUCGGAAUCGGUCGGAGGGAAGGUUCGCAAAUGAUAUGGGAGCCAUUACCAGAGACGUUGUUACAUCAGGAAAUGGAGAAUUAUAACAAUCAUCAGCUCGACCCCCAAGCGGAUAUGGGCCGUAAAUUAAGCGUAUUAAGCGUUCCGGAAAUCCGGAUCUUGGCGGCGAGUGCGGAGGGGCUGGACGAGUCGCCCGACCAGUCGACCGAUCAAUCGACCGACUCGGAUGACACGUCCGAACACGAGAGCGCAUUUAGCUUACAGACUACCGGAAGCAAGGACGUGACGACCCUAGAGGAACAAGACGACUCUAUGUUCAAACAGCAGAAGUCUCCUUUACUUCACCUCACGUACGCGUUGUGGUACGCUGUAUUAGCGCACACAGACGUCGUCUGUUACAUCAUGGUGUUCAUAAACCAGAUACAAUCGGCGACAAUCCUCUCGAUCCCGCUUCCUCUAAUGGUGUUCCUAUGGGGAACCUUGACAAUACCUCGUCCGACCAAAACGUUCUGGGUUACGCUGAUAGCUUACACAGAGGUGAUUGUGUUGAUUAAAAGCAUGUUCCAAUUCGAAAUACUCCCGUGGAAUCAGAAGGCGAUCCCGGCCAACAUGCCGUUCACAGCGCCCAGGAUCAUCGGCAUUGAGAGGAAGUACAACUACGCCCUGUACGAUCUGUUGCUGCUUCUAAUCAUAUUCUUGCACAGGUUCAUGUUAAAGUCACUCGGUCUGUGGAAGGAGUCGACUCCGGAGGCGGAAGUGCGUGAGGAUAUGGAGUACCGCUUGAGUCCCAGCGACACCCAGAUGUUGGUGGAGGGACACGGCGCUGAAGUGGGACGGAAGUAUCUCCACAUACACGACAGGCCGCUACGGAGUACAGAAAACAGGAUGUCCCACAUGACCGGUGGACAAACGGCGGCCACAGAGGACGAGUGCGAGCAGCGAGACCGCGGCGGUGAUGACGCACAGGAACCGGGGACAUCCAAGAUGGCGGACGACGAACAUUACAAGGUGAACGACGACCAAGAGCCGAUCAUCGCUGUGACCACGACCUUGGAGGACACCUACAGCCACUACCCGGAUGUUAUAGCACUGUCCAUGAAGCGCUACCUCCGACCCACCAUGCACUUCUUCCAGCGCAUGUUGACCCCCGGCGCGCGCGUCACGGCGGACAUCUACGCGUACAUGUUCCUCUGCGACUUCUUCAACUUCCUCGUCGUCAUAUUCGGAUUCGCCGCUUUUGGGACACAUCAAGGUGACGGCGGUGUCCAGGCGUAUUUGGAAGAGAACAAGGUCCCCAUACCGUUCCUCGUGAUGUUGAUCCUACAGUUCGCUCUCAUCGUGAUAGACCGGGCGCUGUACCUGCGCAAGUUCAUGUUGGGGAAAAUACUGUUCCAGUAUGGACUCAUCAUCGGCGUCCACAUUUGGAUGUUCUUCGUGUUGCCGUUCAUCACCGAGAGGACCUUCAACGCCCUGCUGCCGCCUCCCAUGUGGUACAUGAUGAAGUGCAUCUACUUGUUGCUGUCCGCGUAUCAGAUCCGUUGCGGGUACCCUCGUCGCAUCAUCGGCAACUUCCUGUGCAAAUCCUACCACUUCCUAAACAUGAUAUGCUUUAGAGGAUUCAUGGCUGUUCCAUUCCUGUUCGAGCUGCGCACCCUGAUGGACUGGAUCUGGACGGACACCUCCAUGACGCUCAUGGACUGGCUCAAGAUGGAGGAUAUAUUUGCUAGUGUUUUCCUUCUCAAGUGUUCUCGGUACGUGGAGGACGAGUUCCCUCAGCCGCGCGGCGCCAAAAAGUCAGCGACCUCCAAGUACCUGCUGGGCGGCGGAGUGCUGACUUUCGUCAUCGCCAUCAUAUGGUUCCCGUUGGUUUUCUUCGCUUUCGGCAACUCCGUCGGUCAACCGAAUCCGCCGACCGACGUUACCGUUAAGAUCAGAAUAGGCCCCUUCCUCCCCGUCUACCAGAUGUCUGCGCAGUCACACAACAUCGACGUUUACACAGAGCAGGACUACACCCAGCUGAGCAAUCACUACGCCCGCGACCGUAACGCCCAGACGUUCCUCUCCAACUACAUGUACAACGACGUGGCGGUGGUCACCAUCAACCCCAACUCGACCAUGAAGUGGCAGAUCUCACCGCCGGAACUGGCCCGGCUCGAGCGGGAGGCUGUGUCCAACGCAUCGCUGAUGGUGAAGUUCACGUAUGUGAUAACACAUCCGAGCAACAACGCGGAGAAUCCCCCCACCAUGGAGAGCAACCGGGAGGUGGCGCUGGACGCGUACAUAGCAGGAGUCCGCAACACGGAGAGGGACACGCUGCUGCAGCUGCUGGCCGGCACCGCGCCUCCGGACACCUGGUUGAACGUGAAAACUUUAUUUCCGAAGUUCGUAAAAGUGUUCAACAAGGGGACGACGAAGCCAGCGUACCAGUUGAUGCCGCCGAUAUCAGGAACUGAGGACGACGACGCCCGCUUCUACCGGAACGUGCAGCUGCGACUGGAACGAGAGAAAGACGUCAUGUACUGGCGCGUCAGAGAAGCCUGCGAGUCGAGGGACUUCCUCGCCUCCAUCCCCAUGAACAACUGUGACAUGUUGGUCAUGUACACCUUCAACGACAAGCUGUUCCCCGAAACGUUGAACUUCAUAUCUGGAGGAGGUAUAAUCGGUUUGUACACGACGUUCGUGUUCCUGGCGUCCCGGGUGUUGCGCGGUUUCUUCUCCGGGAUCUACACCAAGAUCAUGUUCGACGACCUCCCCAACGUGGACCGGGUGCUGCAGCUGUGUCUGGACAUAUACCUGGUACGAGAGGCGCUGGAAUUGUCUCUGGAAGAGGAUCUAUUCGCGAAGUUGGUAUUCCUGUAUCGGUCACCAGAGACUAUGAUAAAGUGGAGUCGACCGAAGGAAGACGAACAAGAACAGAGAGCCCUGCCAGCGCCGCAGUGAAAUGUCAACGUCAACUUGACACACUACACAAACAUCACAGACAACGAAUCAAUGUCACAGAUAAUAAAACAAUUAUUAUUUAUUUAAAUAUAUAUUUCUAAAAUGUAUCAAUUAUCAUAACCGAACAGAAUAGCAAGUUUUUAGUUUUUUACUUCCACCUCUGUAAAGUGAUCUGUGAACGCCGUCCAGAAGCAUUUAUAUUUAUAGUUCUGUAUCGCAUAAAUCUGUGACAUGUUUAUGUAUCGAAGAUUUAUCUUUUGUUCGAGGAUAUUCUAUAAAUAAUUAAGUUGUACAGUAAUGAAAUUGUUAGGUUAAUUAAGAAUAAACCUAAGUGUUAGAUGAGGCGACACUGCGGUCCUUCGUCGAGAGUGAUAGAUGAUAAUUGAUGUUAUUAAAAAUGUAUUUUUUAUAUUACCGUAGCGUCUCCAGCACUAUUGCCCAGCACCAGCACUUUGUACACGAGUAAUGGAUUCGUACUUAAACACAUCUACAUAUUAUACCAAUCUUUAUCUUUCCAAAAAAUAUUAAUGCUCUCUAAAUAUCUUCUCUUCUAAGCAGAACGUACUUUUUACUUUAUCAUUCAGCUUAGUUGAUGGGGUUAUGAUAUUUUUGCCAAAACCACAUUUCCACUGAAGAUCUAUGACACUUGAAGAAUAUAUUAAAAAUCAAUCAAUUGGCUUGUGUUAGAAUAUUAUAUCACUGUACUCUAUACGAACGUUUUCAUUAAUAAUGUCGCUUCACCAUUUGAAACACUUCUUAAUCAAGUUGAUAUGAAUUUUUAUCAUGUUUAAAUAAAUAUAUCUUAACAGUACGUGAAUACUCGACAGUACAACUAGUACUAGACUGAGUGGAGCGAUCGAUGUUUCAAAGUAGAGCUGAUGAUUGUGGACGCACAUAGCGUUUAUUUCGUUGUAUAUAAAGGAGAUUUAUCAGAGAAAAUAUAUAUCAUGUUGCUAUUUAAAAUCAAUAUUUAUUAAACGCAUUAAAAUGAACCUUAGUGUGUGUGAUGUUGAUGUUUUUGUUUUUUGAUAAUUUCAAAGUAUAAUUUAUUCACUUCAAGGAUUAUUGUGUACAUUUUGUAUUGUGAUAAACAUUAUAAUAAAAAUCUUAUAAAUGU